AUGGGUGUUCCCGCGCUGUUCCGAUGGCUCUCCAACAAGUAUCCGAAGAUUAUCUCUCCGGUUAUUGAGGAGCAAGCCCAGAAAGUGGAUGGAGAGGAAAUCCCGCUGGAUAUCACCGGUCCCAACCCUAAUGGCGAGGAACAGGAUAAUCUCUACCUGGAUAUGAACGGUAUUGUUCAUCCUUGUACCCACCCAGAGGGUAGACCACCUCCUGCAGAUGAGCAGGAGAUGAUGCUGGAGAUCUACAAGUACACUGACCGCGUGGUCAACAUGGUUCGCCCCAGAAAGCUUCUUAUGAUUGCUAUUGGUAUCAACGUGCGCGUCGAUUCCGCUCAGCGCAAGAGGCCAAAGAGAACGACGAAAAGAAGGAGGAACUUCACAAGAUGCUUGCUAAGCAACAUCAUGCAAAGACGGGCGAGGAGUACAUUCGAGAGGAAGUUGUUCAAAAGACGUGGGAUAGCAAUGUUAUCACGCCAGGAACACCUUUCAUGGACAUCCUUGCAGCCUCCCUGCGCUAUUGGAUCGCCUACAAGCUCAACACUGACCCUGGAUGGGAAAACGUACUUGAAAAUUAUCAUCUCGGAUGCCACGGUUCCAGGAGAGGGAGAGCACAAGAUCAUGAACUUUGUGCGAUCGCAGCGAGCCUCGCCUGACCACGACCCCAACACCCGUCACGUCAUUUACGGUCUAGAUGCUGAUUUGAUCAUGUUGGGUCUUGGUACUCAUGAGCCUUACUUCCGAGUCUUGCGUGAAGAUGUUUUCGCCCAGGACUCUCGGCCUCGGGGAUGUAAGUUGUGCGGACAGAAUGGACACAAGGCUGAAGAGUGCCUUGGCCGCCCCAAGGAAAAGUCUGGAGAAUUUGACGAGAAGCAAAAUGCAGCUCCUUUGAAACCCUUCAUUUGGCUGCACGUCGCUGUUCUCAGAGAAUAUCUUGCUGUAGAACUUCGUGUCCCCCAGCAACCUUUCCCAUUUGACCUAGAGCGCGCACUAGAUGACUGGGUGUUUAUGUGUUUCUUUGUUGGAAACGAUUUCCUUCCUCACUUGCCAUCUUUGGAUAUCCGUGAGAACGGAAUUGACACUUUGAUCGCCAUCUGGCGUGACAAUCUGCCCGCCAUGGGAAGCUACCUUACCAAAGAUGGAAGUGUUGAGCUGAAGAAUGCCCAAAUCAUCUUGCAAGGAUUGGCCAAACAAGAGGAUGCUAUCUUCCGUCGUCGUAGACAGGCAGAGGAGAGGAAACAGGCUAACGAGAAGAGACGCAAAGAGCAAGAUGAAGCUCGCAAUGCAGAGCGUUCUCAAAAGCGCAGACGCAGCUCUCCUCAAUACGAUGCCAAAGCAGGUGGUCGCUCUGGUGGACCCCCCGAGGCGGUUCCCCCUAUGGAGUUGAUCACCCCCGGUCGCGGUCACCUCGCUAAGGAGACAAGGGAGCUGACCCACGACAUGGUCACCAACCGCGGCGCUGUGUAUCGUGCCAAUAUGGAGAACAAGAGCGCUGCCGCCGUUUUGAAGAGCAAGCUCAUGAAAGGCAAGCAGAAUGAGCCCGAGCCCAGUGAGCCUUCCACUGAAGAUGCAUCAGGUGAGGCCACAGCACACACAUCCCUCGGAAAGCGCAAGGCCGAUGCAGCCGACCAAGAGGACGGCGAAGCAGGCACGCCAGGCCGAGACUCCCCCCCACCUCCCCCAGCUGAGAAGCCCAAGUCAGAUGAACCUCCAGAGGACACCGUCAAACUAUGGGAACCCGGCUAUGCCGAUAGAUACUACGAGCAAAAGUUCAAUGUCGACCCUAAGAAUCACGAGUUCCGCCACCAGGUCGCUCGCGACUAUGCUCUUGGACUAUGCUGGGUUCUUCGCUACUACUUCCAGGGAUGUCCCAGUUGGAGUUGGUACUACCCCCAUCACUAUGCGCCGUUUGCUGCCGAUUUCGUCGAUAUUGCAGACAUGCCGGUGGAGUUCGAGAAAGGCGCACCAUUCAGACCAUUUGAACAGCUGAUGGGUGUGCUUCCUGCCUCCUCUAACCAUGCGCUGCCGAAGGUCUUCCAUCCAUUGAUGGAGGAUGCGAACUCCCCUAUCAUCGAUUUCUACCCCGAGGAUUUCCCGCUCGACCUCAACGGCAAGAAGUUCGCCUGGCAGGGUGUGAUCCUCCUACCAUUCAUCGACGCAAACCGCCUUCUCGAAGCCAUGGGGACUGUGUACCCUCUUCUAACUGAGGAGGAGAGCGGUCGCAACACCCAUGGGUCGGAGGUUCUUCUUUUGUCGGACCGAAACCCGCUGUACCAAGAUCUGGUUGCGAAUUUCUAUUCCAAAAAACCAGGUCCUGCGCAGUACUCUAUCAAGCAAGACCUGAGUGCAGGCCUUGCUGGUAUCGUCGAACGUAGCGAUACCUAUAUUCCCCACAGCUCAUUGGUAUCGCCACUGGAAUCCCACGGCAUGCCCGGAGUUGACGAUGAUCGUUCUCUCACUGUUUUGUACACACUCCCCAAGUCGUCGCACGUUCACAAGUCCAUGCUACUGCGUGGCGUGAAGCUACCAACGCCAAUGCUGGAUUCAAGUGACAUCAGAGCCACCAAGGGUCGUGCUCAAAACUCAGGCCGAUCAUUCGGUGGCGCUCCUUUCCAGGGUCGAGGCCGAGGUGGCCGGAUGAACUACCAAAGUGACCGUCCUCAGGGAGAUCGCCCGAACCCAUUUGCCGGACAUCUUGAUCCUAACUUUGCCCCGGGUCCCCCAGGUGGUCCUGCUGGUGCCCAUAUGGUUCCCCCUGGAUGGGUUCCCCCUGGCCAAGGAUAUGGAGGCUAUUCCAGAGGACCACCUCCUCCCCCACGUGGUGGUAUGGGCAACCAAUACCCACCACAGCAAGGUUAUCAACAGAACGGAGGCUAUUACAACCCUCAAAACCAAUAUAACCAGGGUGGUCAGUACAACAACGGCUACCAGCAAGGAGGUUACGGCUCACAAGAUUAUCGAGGAGGCCGAGGCGGUGGUGGGUACCGCGGUGGAAGAGGUCGUGGAAACUACCAAAACCAAGGUGGAGGUGGAUAUGGUCGCUACUAG